CACAGCCCUCACGGGAAGUCAGUUAACUGUCGAGAAACAAGCGAGAUGAGAGCAUUUCAGAUGCGUGGGUGUCUGUCAGCUCUUAUCAGGGCUAUUCUCAUCACUGAGUGUCUGCUGAGAAGCGUGAGAGGAGAUGGAGCCGAUGCCGAAGAAGAAGUGGAAAUUAGGUAUGUUUUGAUUGGAAGUGGGAUUGGCCUGUUCUUGGUUGCUGGAUUCAUUAUUGUCAUAGUCUGCAUCAUCAGGAAGCAGGUUCAUGACAACAGCACAGGUCCAAUAAAGAGACCUUCACAGCCUCACCUGCUUGUUUUGAGCAAUCUCAGCCAAUCAGAACCUCCCGUGGCGGCGGUGUCCAAUGCCGUGUGAUGGUAAAGGUCAGGCAGAGUCAUUUGCAGGGGAACGUGAACCCCGCAAAAGUGGCAUCUGGGUGGAAGGUCAACCAGGCGACCUCAAGUCCCCUCACGUUUUGUCGCACAAACGUCAGCGCAGAUCUGUUUUACCUCUUAGAAUUGUUCUUCCACAGCAUGCAUCAUUAUCAUUUUAAAUAAUAAAUGUCUGAAGAGCAUUAGUAAUACUGCUUUUGUACUUGACUUUGCAAAGUUGUGUAAUUUGAGAAGCUUAAUGAACCAGGUUUCAGCCUUUCAAGUCUCUGAUUAUGUGGGUGUAAUGUCUUUUGUUUCACUGCUCUUCAAAAUCCAACUGUUCUACUGACCCACAUACUGUACAAAGCUUAUUUAACACCACUCAGCAGAAAGCAUGUGGACUAACAAGCACUUCAUACAUUCACCACAAGAGGGCGAUGUUUAACUCCUGGUAAAAAAACCAACCUUUAGUCCAGUUUCACAUCUGAGCACCAGGGGAACCUUUGUACUUUCUUCACUUGUAUUUAAUCAUUUAAUCACAUGUGGGCAGAGAAACAUUCUCAAGUUCCAUACAAUAUAUCUGACAUCAAAAAUCCUUUCACCUACACCUCAAUCUCAGCUCUUUUUGCAUUUCGUAGCACUCUUUCCACUUGCAGGGUCUGCAUACAGUACUGCAUACAGCACAGAAGGAAGUUUACUGUCACCCCAGAGAAGCCCAAUACAACAUCACACUAUGAAAAAACAACAUUAAAAUCAGCUUUAGGUUUGUUCAUAAUGCACAUGAAAGUAGAAAGUACAUGGGAUGGUGCAAAGAAGAAUUCGUUUCUUCAUCCUAUCAAAUCAAAUAAAUCUUGAUGCACAUGAUUUGAGAGAUAUUUAUUAAUAUAGAAUAAAAACAUUAGUCAGUUUUGCAGCUCUUCAGGAGCUUUCAAUCAUGCAUCAGAUGAUCUUCACCAGCAGACUGUGUUUGUGCAGUUGUUCAAAUCCAGGACUCCUUCGACUUGUUGGCUCAAAAACCAAAUAUUAAUAGAAAUAUGAGUUAAUAUAAACAUAUAUUUCUUCAUAAACAUA